AUGGCUUUGCUCCGGCUCCUUCUUCUCUUGCUCCUCGCCCAACGCGGGCUGGGGGCUGCCGCCGACCAAGGGCAGGCAGUGCGCGGCCGGGAGCGGGCGCUCGGCGGGAAGCAGCCUAUUUACAACCACAUCAAGAGCCGGGAGCCUCUGCCGGCCCCGCGGAGCCGCUCUACAGAGAGCACCAUCUUGGCGCAGCGGCUCGCCGAGGAGGUGCCCCAGGACGUGGCCUCGUUCCUCUACACGGGCGACUCCCGGGAGUUGCGGCGAGCCAACUGCUCCGGGCGCUACGAGCUGGCCAGCCUCGCCGGCAAGUCGCGCUUCACCUCGCACCCCUCUCUGCACGGCGCCCUGGGCACCCUCACCCACGCCACCAACUUACUCAACAUGAUCCUCCAGAGCAAUAAGUCGCGGGAGCAGAACUUGCAGGAGGACCUGGAGUGGUACCGCGCCUUGAUCAGGAGCCUGCUGGAGGAGGACCCCAACAUCUCCAGGGCCGCUAUCACUUUCAGCACGGAGCCUUUCUCCUCCACUCCCCAGGUUUUCCUCCAGGCCAGCAGGCACGAGAGCCAGGUCCUCCUGCAGGACUUGUCCUCCACGGCUCACCGCCUGGCCAACGCCUCUGUGGAAACAGAAUGGUUCCACAGCUUGAAGCGCAAGUGGAGGCCACAUCUGCACAGGAAGGUCUUAAACACGGGCCCCAAAACUUUGGAGAACAGUUGGAAGAGGCGGGAGAGCUUCACUGCUGAUAAGAACCACAUCAGAUGGUCCUCACCAUACCUGGAGUGUGAGAAUGGGAAUUACAAACCCGGCUGGCUAGUGACUCUCUCGGCGGCUUUCUAUGGGCUGCGGCCAAACCUCCUGCCCGAGUUCAGAGGUGUUGUCAAAGUCGACAUCAAUCUGCAGAAGGUGGACAUUGACCAGUGUUCGAGCGAGGGAUGGUUCUCAGGGACGCACAGGUGUCACCUCAACAAUUCUGAGUGCAUGCCAAUUAAAGGCCUUGGAUUUGUGCUUGGAGCCUACAAAUGUAUUUGCAAGGCUGGAUUCUAUCAUCCCAACAUCUUCUCAGUGAACAGCUUUCAGAGAAAGGAUGCAGAAAAUCACUUUUCUGGUGGUGAAUUGUCAGAGGAAGUCUACACCUGCCUGCCCUGCAGAGAAGGAUGUUCUUUCUGCACAGAUGAUACCCCCUGCUAUGCACAGGAGGACAAGUAUUUACGGCUGGCUAUCAUCUCCUUCCAAACGCUCUGUAUGCUGCUGGAUUUCAUAAGCAUGCUGGUGGUCUACCAUUUCCGCAAGGCAAAGAGUAUCAGGGCUUCAGGGCUGGUGCUGUUGGAAACCAUUCUUUUUGGAUCACUUCUUCUGUACUUCCCAGUUGUCAUUUUGUAUUUUGAGCCAAGUAUAUUUCGCUGUGUUCUCCUAAGAUGGGUUCGUCUUCUGGGCUUUGCUACUGUUUAUGGAACUGUGACACUCAAGCUGCACAGGGUUUUGAAGGUAUUCCUGUCCCGAACGGCUCAGCGUAUUCCAUAUAUGACAGGUGGGAGAGUGAUGAGGAUGCUGUCUGUUAUUCUUCUGGUAGUCUUUUGGUUUCUCAUUGGCUGGACUUCUGCAAUAACCCAAAAUUUGGAGAGAAACAUUCCACUCAUUGGUCAAGGGCAAACAUCUGACCAUCUGAUCUUCAAUAUGUGCCUCAUAGACCGCUGGGAUUACAUGAUGGCUGUUGCUGAAUUUUUAUUCCUCUUGUGGGGUGUUUAUCUCUGCUAUGCAGUGCGGACAGUCCCAUCAGCAUUUCAUGAGCCACGUUAUAUGGCAGUUGCAGUUCACAAUGAGCUCAUUAUCUCUGCUAUAUUCCAUACAAUUAGAUUCAUUCUUGCUUCAAGACUUCAGUCUGACUGGAUGCUGAUGCUGUUCUUUGCACACACACAUUUGACUGUGACAGUCACCGUUGGGCUACUUCUGAUCCCUAAGUUUUCACAUUCAAGCAAUAACCCAAGAGAUGAUAUAGCUACAGAAGCUUAUGAAGAUGAGCUUGAUAUGGGUCGGUCGGGAUCCUAUCUGAACAGCAGUAUCAACUCAGCAUGGAGUGAACACAGUUUGGAUCCUGAAGAUAUUCGGGAUGAGUUGAAGAAACUGUAUGCUCAGCUUGAAAUCUAUAAAAGGAAAAAGAUGAUUGCUAAUAACCCACAUCUCCAGAAAAAAAGGUGCUCUAAAAAGGGCUUGGGGCGCUCGAUAAUGCGGCGUAUUACAGAAAUCCCUGAGACGGUCACCAGGCAGUGCUCCAGGGACGAGAAGGACCUGAUGGAGCACAGUGCUGUGAAGAACUUGGCCACACUGAAGAAAAACCCACCGGAUUCCACAAGUCCUGCAAAGCCAAAAGAAGAGACUUUGAAAAACAGAGUCUUUUCCUUAAAAAAGUCCCACAGCACUUACGAUCAUGUUAGGGAUCAAACAGAAGAACCAAAUGGCUUAACUACAGAAAGUGCAGAAGUUAUAGCUGCUGAGAAAACACUUCUGGACUCCUUGAAUGGUAACAAAUUAACCAAAAACGCUCCUGAAAAAGUUGAAGCUGUCUCCACUGAAUCAGUCCCUUUGGUGUGCAAAUCUGUAAGUGCGCAUAAUUUAAGUGCCGAUAAGAAGCCUCUGCAUCCAAGAACAUCUGUGUUACAAAAAUCCCUCAGUGUUAUUGCUAGUGCCAAGGAAAAGACUCUGGGACUGACGGGUAAAACACAAAGUCUAGAAGAAAGCACUAAAUCUCAUAAAUCUCAGCAGAAGGGUAAGGAGGCUAGCAAAAAGCACUCAGCCUCCGAUAAAGGGGAACAUAAGGAUUCCCACCGGAAAAACUCUACCCAAUCUGAGGAAACAAAGAAAACCCAUAAAUCUGGAAUUAUUAAACAGCAAAGGGUUAGUCAAACACCUGCAAAUUCAGACACAGGCCCAGGUAAGUCUCUUCACAAGGAAAAUUUCAACAUAGGAGAAGUUUGUCCUUGGGAGAUAUAUGACCAAAUUCCUGGUCCUGUGCCUUUUGACUCUAAAGCUCAAAAACAUGUAUCUAUUGCUUCCUCAGAGCCAGAGAAAAACCACCCUUCCCAGCCAAAGGGGAAGACUCAUCAUAAGCUGAAGACACCUGAGGGGCACCAACAGUCAAAUCAAAAGAGCUCAGAGAAGGUGGAAGCAUCCACUCAGGAGACACAAGAGCAGCAGAUCUUUGAAAAUGAGAAAAAUCAGUCAAAUUCCAAGUCCCAGGUCUCUCCUGGGCUGAAGUGUGAGAAUGUUAAUAGAUAUACACCCAAUACCCGUGCUGGGGAGCAGGAGGAGCUGCCCCAGAAAACAGCAGAAAAGGAAAACCUCAAUAAAUUGGCUGAACAGAAAAAAAUUGCCUCUUCUGAGGGAAAUGUGCUUUCGUCUAACUCCCAUAAGCCAAGUAGUUACCUACAGCAACCUUUAGCAUCUCGAGCUGAGGUCUGCCCUUGGGAGUAUGAUACAGCAGAUUUACCAAAUGCAGAAAGAAGUGUAGCUUUAUUGAACACCUCUGCUAUAAGUGCAAAUAAAACAGCAGCACCUCGAAAAUAAGAGGCUUUUGGACUGAGGAGAGUAGCAACAUUGAGAAGACAGACAACAGGAAAGACAGAGGGGACUUAGGCCAAAAGGAUCUGAAAAUUCCUAAGGAGCAUCACUUAAAUUAAGGGAAUCAGCACUACAAAUAAG